GACAUGACUAUGGUGGAUCCUCUGGGGAGCCUCAACAACAUCCUGAUGCUGACAAGGCAGAGAAGAGUCUCUCCAGAUCAGAACACCAGAUGGACAACGCUAGCCCUUCCUCCCUCCCAGAGUCCCUGUGUCAUGCCUCUCCCGGUAGCACCUUACUGCUGGGUAUGAAGAGGUUGUCUGUGCUGCUGGUGGACUGCAGGAAAACAAUGGGGCUGAGUGGAACUGUGAGAGGAGGAGAAGAGAAGAAAGGAUCAGAUUUGACUUAUCAAAGAGGAAAACCGAACUUGGAGGAACCAGCGACGUCCAAACCAGCAAGACGACACCUCUGCUCCCAUUGUGGAAAAAGUUUUAACCAGUUAGUUAGCUUGAAAAGACAUGAGAGGGUACACAUAGGAGCAAAGCCACACCAUUGCUCCCAGUGUGGAAAGAGUUUUAAGCGGUUAGACACGCUCAAAGCUCAUGAGAGAACACACACAGGGGAGAAGCCAUACUAUUGCGCCCAGUGUGGAAAAGGUUUUACCCAAUUAGGAAGCCUGAAAGAACACACGAGACUGCACACAGGGGAGAAGCCUUACCACUGCUCCCAGUGUGGAAAGAGUUUUAACCAGUCGGGAAGCCUGAAAGCUCACGAGCGAACCCACACAGGGGAGAAGCCUUACCACUGCUCCCAGUGUGCAAAGCGUUUUAUCCAAUUAGGAAGCCUGAAAGAACACACGAGACUGCACACAGGGGAGAAGCCUUACCACUGCUCCCAGUGUGCAAAGCGUUUUACCCAUUUAGGAAACCUGAAAGAACACAUGAGGCUGCAUACAGGGGAGAAGCCUUACCACUGCUUCUGGUGUUCAAAGUGCUUUACCCAUUUAGGAAACCUGAAAGCUCAUGAGCGAAUACACACAGGGGAGAAGCCUUACCGCUGCUCCCACUGUGGAAAGCAUUUUAACUAUUCAGGAAAGCUGAAAGAACACAUGGGACUGCACACAGGGGAGAAGCCUUACAAGCUGGCUUCCACCUGCGUCCUUGUAUGAAUAAAGUCCCUCCCAGGAACAGAAAACUAUAAAGAUAUGUGCUCAUCACCCAAUGCUUCAGGAAUUCAGACUGUCUACACUGCGCUGUGUAAUUGUUAUUCUCUCUGAGCUCAGAAAUAAAGAAUCUUGGUUUGA